CUUAUUCAAAACGUGAGCUACAUUUACAAAAUUAUACUUGGUAUUCCCUCCCGAUGCUUGUUUUUCCCAUUUGAGGCCUUCUGCUUCAGUAAGCUCCGAUGCGGGAACAUCCGAGGCGCGCAACGCUCAUUUCAGUCUGCACUCGCGCCAGCGUGCUAAGCUAAUCACUGAUUACCUCCCCCAAAAUGCGAUGAUUAAAAUCUCUCAGAGCUCCGAUAAACUGGUAAGAGAAGGGGUUAUAAACUCUCCAUCCGUGCCUAUAAACAGUCCAUGGGUCUCAGUAACGUUAAGUUUGCUGAUUUGGCUUGCUCUGAGGUGUAAAAAUAAAAUUCCGCUUCAAGUUAAUCCUCUCCGUCCGACUCCUUCCGAACAGUUCGAUCGGCCUUUGACUCGCGCUGAGGAAGAGCGGACGGCGAGGAGUUGAUACACGGAUUGUGAUAGGCUGACGCGUAUGGGCGGUCACUGUUUGUUCCCCGUUGUAACAGUGAAACUGGCGCCAUUGUGGUUCUUGCCAAGGAAGCUUCCACGUUGUUUUCUUUGGCGACCUCGAGCCUUAAUGGCGUAGACAGUGGCAUGUUUUUGCGAGCUCCAUUUGGCUGUUUUCAGGCCAGCAGAAAACUCCUGGAGAGCAAGGUGACUUCAUACUUGCCUUUAAUGACUCCAAACAAACGAGGGCUUACUUCAGGACACAUUCAGAACAUUUUGACAAAGCCAUUAAUCCCGAGGCUUAUUGGACUUGAAUUCCAUUGUCGCCACAAAUUGGUCACAGAUCCUGUGAAACUGUGGAAACUAUUAGGCACUACUCAUUAUUUCAGCACUUCCAACAGAAGACGUGAAAAGAAAGAAGGUGGAAAAGGGAAGAACCCAGAGGAGGAUGAAGAAGAGAAAAAGAGACGAGAGCAGGAGGACCAGAUGUAUAGGGAGCGACUGCGCACACUCUUUAUUAUCGCUGUCAUCAUGAGCUUGCUCAACUCCAUCAACACCAGUGGGGGGAACAUAUCCUGGAAUGAUUUUGUAAAUGAAAUGUUGGCCAAAGGGGAGGUGUCACGAGUACAGGUGGUACCAGAGAGUGACAUUGUGGAGAUCUACCUUCACCCUGGCGCAGUCAUCUUCGGCAGACCUAGACUUGCCCUGAUGUACCGAAUGCAGGUGGCCAACAUUGACAAGUUUGAGGAGAAGCUUAGAGCAGCAGAGGAAGAGCUGAAUAUAGAUACCAAAGACAGAAUACCAGUGACCUACAAGCGCACAGGCUUCUUUGGGAAUGCUCUUUAUGCUCUCGGUAUGGCUGCCAUUGGGGUUGCAAUUCUCUGGUACAUCUUCCGACUGGCAGGAAUGGGUGGGAGAGAUGGCGGCUUUAGUGCAUUUAAUCAAUUAAAAAUGGCUAAAUUCACUAUUGUCGAUGGGAAAUCUGGGAAAGGUGUAAGCUUCAAAGAUGUUGCGGGAAUGCACGAGGCCAAGAUGGAAGUCAAAGAGUUUGUGGACUAUCUAAAGAAUCCGGAUAGAUACCUUCAGCUUGGGGCCAAGGUACCUAAAGGCUCUCUGCUCCUGGGGCCCCCUGGCUGUGGUAAAACUCUGCUUGCUAAGGCAGUGGCAACAGAGGCUCAGGUGCCCUUCCUUGCCAUGGCAGGUUCAGAGUUUGUGGAGGUGAUUGGAGGCCUUGGUGCCGCAAGAGUGCGAAGUCUAUUCAAAGAGGCUCGUGCUCGAGCACCAUGCAUUGUCUACAUCGAUGAGAUUGAUGCUGUGGGAAAGAAACGGUCCACAAACAUGUCUGGUUUCUCAAACACAGAGGAAGAGCAGACCCUUAACCAGCUACUUGUGGAGAUGGACGGAAUGGGUACCAUGGAUCAUGUGAUUGUCCUGGCCUCCACUAACCGGGCAGACAUUCUGGACAAUGCACUCAUGAGACCAGGCAGGCUUGAUAGGCACAUAUUUAUAGACCUGCCAACUCUUCAGGAGAGAAAGGAAAUCUUUGAGCAACACCUGAAGAUCCUGAAGCUUACUCAGCCGGCAGACUUUUACUCCCUGCGUCUGGCGGAGUUGACACCAGGCUUCAGUGGGGCUGACAUUGCCAACAUCUGCAAUGAAGGCGCCCUUCAUGCUGCCAGAGAGGGCUACAAGUCUAUUGACACCUUUAACUUUGAAUAUGCUGUGGAGAGAGUCAUCGCAGGGAGUGUGAAGAAGAGUAAAAUCUUAUCUAAAGAAGAGCAGAGGGUGGUGGCUUUUCAUGAGUCUGGUCAUGCAUUAGUGGGAUGGCUGCUAGAACACACCGAAGCUCUCAUGAAGGUUUCAAUUGCUCCCAGGACGAAUGCUGCAUUGGGCUUUGCUCAGAUCCUGCCAAAGGAUCAGUAUUUAUUUACUAAAGAGCAGCUGUUUGAGAGGAUGUGCAUGGCUUUGGGUGGACGAGCCUCUGAAGCCAUCACCUUCAAUAAGGUCACUACAGGUGCUCAGGAUGACCUGAGGAAGGUGACCCGUGUGGCCUACUCCAUGGUGAAGCAGUAUGGCAUGGUUGCCAGUGUGGGCCAGGUGUCCUUCCCUGACUCUGAGGAUCAGGGGGGUAUUGGACGGAGACCAUUCAGCCAAGGACUCCAACAGCAGAUGGACCAUGAAGCUACGAUGCUUAUAGCACAAGCCUACAGGCACACAGAGAAAUUGCUUUUGGACAAUCGAGACAAACUUAUUUUGCUGGCUAAUACCCUGCUGGAGAGAGAGGUGGUCAACUAUGAUGACAUUGAGGCUUUGCUGGGACCUCCUCCGUUUGGACCCAAAAAGAUGAUUGCCCCUCAAAGCUGGGUGGAGGCUGAAAGAGACAAGCAGGACACUGGUGAAGAUGAGCCACGCAGACCCCAGAGACCCCUCCGCAAAGACAAAGAUGAUGACAUCAACCUGAGCCCAGCGUGAGCUCUGCAACACAUGCAAUCACAUUCACGGUCUUUAAUGGACACUUGAAAGUCCAAGAGUGGAGCGGCUGCCUUUGAGGAUCAGUCUGAUUUUCAAAAUUGUGCUUUUAAGGGGGGGAAAAUGCUUUUCUUGCCCUUGAUGUUCCAGUUAGACCCACUCUGAUUGACUGAAAAAAUAAUGGCAACAUUCUUGGUUUACCUUCUAUGCUGAUCAUUGACCAGUAAUUCUAUUUUAAAUGUCUUAGGGCAUUUGAUUAAAAAACAAAAACAACAAACAAGCAUCAAUCAAGCGUUAAACGGUAAUAUUCAAUGUGUUUUUCUCAAUAAGGUAGAUCUCUCUUAGAGAGUAGUAGAUACCUCCUUUGAGAAUUGCACGAAAUGUACUGUUUUUAAAACAGUGGUUGUGCUUUUUGAGCUUCUUUCCAGGCCAUACAGAUCAGCUGUUAGUUCCCUGAGAAGCUGGUUUUGUUAGACCAGGUGAGCAUUGCCAGCGGUAUGUCUGAAGUCAUCUUGUGAUGUCAGUGGAUAUUCUGCACCAUAUGCAAUAAAUUAUU